AUGAAAUACUUUACGCUGAACUUACGGGGGACAAUAUUCGUGGUUGAAGAGGAUUUCAUCCACGAUUAUGAAUUAAAGACUAAUUCACCAUUAGCUCAACUUAAUGAAAGUUCCAAAUAUUACAAUAAAGACAGGGACGAGUUUUACUUUAACAGGAGCUCGUCAAUGUUUGAUGCAGUGCUUGACUAUUUAGCAACUGGAAGUCUACACAUUCCCGGAAACAUAUGCGCGGAAAGAUUUCAGAAAGAGUUGGAGUUUUGGGGAAUUCCGACAUACAAACUUGAGAAAUGUUGUUGGAGAUCAUUUUACGGUUCAGCGGAGGAUGUAGCAACCCUUGAUAAACUACUGUGUCACAUACCAUGUGAAAGUCUACGAACAAACGGAACUAUACAGUUACCAGAACGAUCUGAAAGCGGAUGUUCCAAAUCUAAUGUAUAUAGAAUUCUCACUGAUAAUACGACAAAUUCUGGAAAGGUAUGGUACGGAAUAAUGUGUGUGACGAUACUUCUAUCUACAUUCCUUUUUGUGGUGAUGACCGUCCCAGCAUUCCGUGUACCUGUUGAUACCACGAAAUCCUACCCGUAUAGCGUUACGUCAAACACUGCCCUCAUGUACUACAUAACACGUCCACAUUACGCUGUAGUUGCCAUAGACACCGCGUGUAACGUUAUUUUCAUGGUCGACUGGCUUGUCCGAUUUUUCUGUGCACCAAGUAAGCUAGCAUUUAUUCGGAGCUUCCUGACUUGUGUGGAGUUGAUUUCCUGGGUGUUUCAGUGGAUUGGGCUGUGGAUGGAGCUUCAGCGGGAAUUAUUUGCAGUUGAAGGCAUAUACCCGGUCUUAUUUAUCAUUACGUUAAUCUAUUGUUUAAGAGUGUUACGCAUCUUCAGACUGCUCAAUAACAAUGUCGGGUUUAAGAUCUUGCUUUUAUCAUUGAAGUCCAGUGCUAGAGAACUGUUUCUUCUCACAGUGGGGUUCUCUUGUGUAGCGGUUGUCUUCGCUCUCCUUCUUUACAUGGCAGAAAUGGGAACAGACACUGACGUCACACUUCCAAAUGUUUUUGUUUCCAUCUGGUGGGCAGUAGUGACCAUGACAACAGUGGGAUACGGAGAUUAUUACCCGACCACUGCUCAGGGCUAUUGCAUCGGUUGUUUGUGUGCAUUGACGGGUAUUCUACUCAUUGCACUUCCGAUGGCGGUGACGUCAUCAAAUUUCAGCGAUUAUUACACGUUCAAUAAAUAUCGAGAACGGUAUAUGAAAACAGUUGAGAAAACGGAGAAUUCGGAUUAA